GAGAAAGCUCAGCGCGUAAAGUCCAUCAAGUCAACAACCCAUGAGAUGCAACAACUUAAGCGUUCUGCAAACACCGACAAGCGCGACGUUAGCAUGAACAACAACAGAAGCGAUUCUUAGUGACAACAAUUAAUGACACAAAGACGGAAAAUGGUUCUGACCGAACCAAACAGUCAAUGGACCGAACUCUCCAGGAGAUGGACUCGGACGAGGACAUUCGGGUGCCCAGACUCAUAGAGUUGAACGAUGGUUCACGCAUGCCUAUUCUUGGCCUGGGGACAUGGAAGUCCUCUCAUUUGCCGCCCAACUCCGUCCAGGGAGCCGUGGAGGCCGCCAUCGCCGCUGGUUACCGCCACAUAGACACGGCCUACAGCUACGGCAACGAGGUGGACGUUGGGCGAGCUCUGCGCUCCAAGAUGCGGCAGGGCAUCAUUCGGCGUGAGGACAUGUUCAUCGUCAGCAAGCUGUGUGAAACCCAUCAUGCCCCAGAGGACAUCCCUCUGUGCCUCAACAAGUCUUUGAAGGAUCUCCAGCUGGACUUCCUGGACCUUUACCUCGUACAUUUCCCCGUUGGCCUAAAGAAAGUUGGGGAUGAACUUUUUCCAAUGAAGGAUGGAAAAGUUUUGACCUCUGACAUCGACUAUGUUGAUGUGUGGAGGGGCAUGGAGGCUCUGCAGGCCUCCGGGAAGGUGAGAAGCAUCGGCGUGUCCAACUUCAGCAUCCUGCAGCUGGAGAGGCUCCUGGCUCUGUGCAGAGUUCCUCCUGCUGUCAAUCAGGUUGAACUGCACCCCUACUUGGUUCAGGCGGACAUGAUAGAGUUCUGUAAAUUAAAGAACAUCGCCCUGACCGCCUUCAGUCCGUUCGGUUCGCCCGCAAGGCCUCCAGACGAGUUCAAAUGUGGGACUGAUCCACACAAGCUCCUGGAGGACCCGGUCAUCGCUCAGAUCGCAGAAAGGCACAGACGCAGCGCCGCACAGGUGUUGUUAAGGUAUCAUAUCCAGCAGGGAGUUUCAGUCAUCCCCAAGAGUGACAAACCUCAUCAUAUCAUCCAAAACACAAAGAUCUUUGAUUUUCAACUCAGUGAAGAAGACAUGACGACCCUGAAGUCCCUUAAUCGAGGAUGGAGAGGCUGCAGGAUAGAAGAAUUAAAAUCCCACCCGUACUACCCCUUUGAGUGAGUCGCCCCAGAAGAAACCACACAGUAUUGACUGCGUCCAAAACCAUCAACACACUGUUUACACAUUAGAAUAAAAUGAGGCAAAAACAGUUUUUUAUUUUACUACAAAGUUUGAGCAAACUUUAAAAAAAAAGCUUUUAAUAUAAUUUACAGUAGUGCCAUUUGUGUAACAUUUUUGUGUAUGGAUGAACUUCAGAUUAAAACAUUUGAUCCUUUA